GUGGCCAUCGAUUCAGCUCCGUAUACAUGUGAAUGCUUGUGUGCUCUCAGUCUCAUCCCAUCCAAAUAAGGCUUCAUGGGCUAUUAAUUCACAAGGGCCUAGGCUGGAAAGACAGAACGGCCCAGGCCCAUUAUCUUUUCGUUUAUACAAAACGGUCAACGGGAAGAGCAUCUUCUUCAGCUCGCCAAGGAACCAAAGCAAUGGCCACGGCCACGCCGUCCGCCGCCACAUUCUUCUCCCCAGCACCAGCAGCACCAGCAGCAGUGCCUCGCCUUCCCCGCCACGCCAACUCCCGCCUCGCAUCCACCACACUCGGACCACGAGCCUCGCUCCGACCACGAGCCUUCCUCCCGCCGCAUGGGCACUGGCACGGCCCUCUGAUCCCGGCCUCCGACCACUGGGGCAACUGGACCGUCCUCCUGUCCGCGGCCGCGCUGGGCGUCUGGUCCGAGAAGAGCACCCGCGCCGGGAAGGCGCUCAGCGGCGCGCUCGUCACCGUCCUCCUCGGCCUCGCCGCCAGCACCGCCGGCCUCGUCGCCGCCUCCGACGUCCCCGCCUAUCGCGUCGUGCUCGAAUACCUCCUCCCGCUCGCCGUUCCCUUGCUCCUCUUCGCCGCCGACCUCCGCCGCGUCCUCCGCUCCACCGGCGCCCUCCUCCUCGCCUUCCUCCUCGGAUCUCGUACCAAUUUGGAUGCAGUGGCAACAACAAUUGGCACAGUCGCCACGUUCCUGCUCGUGCCCAUGCGAUCCCUGGGAAAAGAUAAUUGGAGGAUCGCUGCAGCUCUUAUGAGCAGACAUAUUGGAGGAGCUGUCAACUACGUCGCUGUUGCAGAAGCACUCGAGGUGUCUCCAUCAGUGGUAGCUGCAGGGCUAGCUGCUGACAAUGUCAUCUGUGCACUCUAUUUCACAACUCUUUUCGCAUUAGCUGCUAAAAUUCCCGCACAAGAGAUGCACUCACAAGAAGAUGCUGCUGAACCUACUGCUGGUGGCGAUAAGUUGCCUGUUCUGCAAAGUGCGACGGCUAUAGCCGUGUCCUUCGCCAUAUGCAAAGCAGGCAAAUACAUGACCAGCUUGAUGGGCAUACAAGGGGGAAGCCUUCCCUGCAUAACGGCAAUCGUCGUGGCGCUGGCAACAUUGUUUCCGUCUUAUAUCGGAAAGCUUGCUCCUUCAGGCGAGGCCUUGGCUGUAAUUCUGAUGCAGGUGUUCUUUGCUGUUGUAGGAGCUAACGGGAGCAUCAGCAAUGUCAUCAACACGACUCCUGGCAUAUUUGCAUUUGCAUUCGUGCAGAUCACGGUGCAUCUGCUGCUGAUUCUGGGUGCUGGGAAGCUACUGGGGUUUGAGGACAAGCUGCUGCUGAUAGCGUCGAAUGCAAACGUCGGUGGACCGACCACCGCCUGUGGGAUGGCCACCACAAAGGGCUGGACUUCCUUGAUGGUCCCAGGGAUUCUAGCUGGCAUUUUUGGAAUUGCCAUUGCCACCUUCCUCGGCAUCGCUUUCGGAAUGGUUCAACAGAUCCAUAAGAUGCAUGUAAAGAUGGUUCGCAAGAAAGUUCAGAUAGGCACUUUCCACGUUGAUGAUACACCAUAUACAUAAUAUGGACUGCUAAGUAAAUCAUUUGCAGAUAAAAGUUGUAAGACUUGCUGCAUUUCAAAACAGCUCUGAUAUUAAGUUCAGAGAACAUAUAUAUACAUGAGCAAUGUGAACCCUACAAUGACGAACCACUGACGAACCAUUUACACGAGCCAGUAAUUCAGCAAACCAUUUACAUCUGCCAGUAAUUCAGCGAACUCCAUA